AUGAGAGAGGAUGAAUGGGACUCUAUGAUGGAUGAGGUUAGCUUAUUUUGUGGUAAACAUGGAGUUUCAAUUCCCAAAAUGAAUGAAGACUACUCUAAUGGGAAGUCGAAGUGUAAGAGGUCCAAUAUUUCAUAUUUGCAUCACUUUCGUGUGGAAGUGUUUUAUGCCGUCAUUGAUUUGGCACUUCAAGAACUCAAUAAUCGUUUUGAUGUGGUGACUAGUGACUUGCUCCUCGGUAUGGCUAGUUUGAGUCCGGUUGAUUCAUUUGCUAAUUUUCACAAGGAUAGGAUAAUGAAACUAGCCGAGUACUACCCAAGUGAGUUUGGUGAUAAAGAGCUUCGGGAACUCAAUUUUCAACUUGAUGAUUUUAUUGUCUAUGCUCAAAAGUGUGAUAGCAAGUUUCUCAACUUGAAGGGAAUCAAGGAUCUUGCAAAAGUGAUGAUAGAGACAAAACUAGAUCAAACUUGGUCACUUGUGUAUCUACUUGUGAAGCUAACUUUGAUUAUUCUUGUUGCUACCGCAAGUGUGGAAAGAGCAUUCUCAUCAAUGAAGUACAUAAAGAAUGAUUUGCGUAAUAGGAUGGAUGAAGAUCUUUUGAAUGGUUGUUUAGUUUGCUAUAUAGAGCGUAGUAUAUUUAAAAAUAUUGCUACUACCUACUUGCUCGUCAACUUGUUCUCACCGUAA